AUGAAGACCGGUAUCCUACUUAUGUUCCUAUGGGGGUUAUCCUGUGCCCUCCCGGUUGCCAGACAUCAAAAUACUGAAUCUGAGAGCUCAGAAGAAUGGCCGGGCGAUUUGGCUCCAUCACCACCACCACCCAUGGAAAGUAAACAUUUUUCUUUUCCCUUUCAGAACAGUGAGUCAUCCGACGAGAGUAAAGUUAGCUCAGAGGAACAGACAAACGACAAUCCCAGUGACAGCACUGAGUCUCAAGAGGAUGUGGACUCUGACGGUGACCAGUAUGCUCAUAGACCCGCUGGCGGCCUCUCUAAGAGUGUGGGGACAGAAGCUGAUAAGGAAGAUGAUGAAGAUGACAGUGGAGAUGACACCUUUGGUGACGAGGACAAUGGUCCAGGGCCUGAAUGGGGAGGACGCUCCAGACAGGACAGUGAUGAGGACUCUGCAGACAACACACAAUCCAGUGAAGAGAGCACCUCACAAGAAAACAAUGCCAAAGAUACCCCCAGUGACAGCAGGGACCAUGACAGUGAGGAGGAAGCAGACAGCCGACCUGAAGCAGGUGACUCCACUCUGGACAGUGAGAGUGAGGAACACUGGGUAGGAGGUGGCAGUGAGGGGGAGAGUAGCCAUGGGGAUGGCUCUGAGUUUGAUGAUGAAGGGAUGCUGAGUGAUGACCCUGAAAGCAGCAGGAGUGAGCAAGGACAUUCCCGGAUGAGCAGCGCUAGGAUGAGGUCAAAAGAAUCAAAAGGGGACCAUGAUCUCACAGGUACUCAGGAUUCAGAUGACAGCCAAUCUGUGGAAUUUUCAAGCAGCAAAUCCUUUAGAAGGUCCCAGGUCUCUGAGGAAGACGACAGAGGUGAGCUUGUUGACACCAGUAGCAGGGAAACCCAGAGUGACUCCACAGAGGACACCACCUCCAAGGAGGAAAGCAGGAGCGAGUCUCAGGAGGACACCACCGAGAGUCAGUCCCAGGAAGACAGUACAGAGGGACAAGAUCCUAGCAGCGAGUCCAGUGAAGAGGAUGGGCCAUCCCAGGAAAGCAGCAGUGAGUCUCAGGAAGGAGUGGCUGGUGAGUCCAGAGGUGACAACCCAGAUAGCACAAGUCAGACAGGAGACCAGGAAGACAGUGAGUCCAGUGAGGAGAACAGCUUGAAUUCGCUCUCCAGCUCAGAAAGUCAGUCUACAGAGGAGCAAGCUGACAGCGAGUCCAACGAGAGCCUCAGACUCUCAGAGGAAAGUCAGGAAUCAGCCCAGGAUGGGGACAGUUCCAGCCAGGAAGGCCUCCAGUCUCAGAGCACUUCAAGGGAGAGCAGGAGCCAGGAGAGCCAGUCUGAGCAGGACAGCCGUUCUGAGGAAGAGGGUGACAGUGACUCUCAGGACAGUAGCAGAUCCAAAGAUGAUAGCAACUCUACAGAGAGCACUUCAAGCAGUGAGGAAGACAGCCACCCCCAAAACAUGGAGGCUGAGAGUAGGAAACUAACAGUUGACGCUUAUCACAACAAACCCAUCGGGGACCAAGAUGACAACGAUUGCCAAGAUGGCUACUAA